GUUGGUGGCGGUAUUACAGGAAUGUGGUUAUUGAAAAAAACUGAAACGACUUUCUCUGCUUCCGGACUGUUUCUCUGAACGGAACGGAACCAUUUGGUUAUCUGUGCGGUGUUGUUGGUGGGAGUACAUUGGUUAUUUUACACUGAAGUGAAUAAUUAGUAAUUUUUAUUUGUGUCUUAUCCAAUGGCUGGAACAGCGCAGGAAACAGAGUUGAGUUUGAAGGAAAUAUGUUUUUACGCAGUCCGGCAACAUUUCGCUGCUCUGGGAGCCGACGCUGUUCUCGGUCUCCCACCAACUCUCAUUAAGAGUCUUAUUCCUUACUUGACCAUCAGUCACCUGGCUGAACUCCAGCCGCAACUCACUCAGAGAGGAAUAUCGUCCUACACUGGCUGGCUUCAGGUUAUACAGGGCGAGUACCACAGAAUGGAUUAUCUGUUCACAGAAAAUGCGGUCAUGAGACUUAUUUUUCUUCCCCUGAUUUACUGUUACGAGAACUACCUCUUCCCCAGAAUCAUCACAAAGUUGAAAACGCAGUCUUUCCUGUGGGCUGCAGCUCAGUUCAUCAGAACUUUUGUAUUGAUAUCAGACAGAUAUUUGCCUCUUCACAGGUUAACUGAUGAGUACAGGCCUCUUCUUGAACUGCUAGAGAAACAGAUCAGGUGCAUUUCUUGUCUUCAGUGCCCAGACCUAUCAAAGAGGCAAGCACAAGUGGUGUUGUACAUCAUCCACCGACUGCUCGACCAUGGGGUGGCGACAGAGCUCAUCAUGCACGGACCAUCGCCCACCCUGCUGACAUGGCUUAUAUAUAGAAGGGGUUCCCAGUAUGUUUGUCCUAAGCUGAAGCAUCACCUGACAAUCGAGAAUAAUAACAGUGCUUCAUCACCCAGUCAAGACGAAGCCAGCUGUAGCCGAGUCCUGUCCUCAGAAGAUCAGUGUCAUCAACCUCCUCUGUGCAAACGUCCAAGGCUGCAUUCUAUGUUGGAGGAGGAGGAAACCGAGAAAGCAAACUUGUCACUGCCCCUGCAGGACCUUUGUCAAACAUUUUCUGCACAUAAGGGUGCCUCAGCAGGGCCAUGUCCCCGGGGGGAGAUUCACAAACUGCAGAUAAGCCAGUGUGACCCUGACUGCCUGAGAGUCCUGAACUGUGCUCUGCCCACCUUCUUCUGCCUCCGCUCUCUCACCAUUGAAAGCUCUUACACCUUCAGAGACUGUGACGUGUUGGAUCUGUCUAAGGCUCUGAAGCAGCUCUCUGACAGCCCUCUCUGCCGCCUCACUAACCUCAGCAUCAGCUCCCUGCCAGACAUCAGACUCGCAAAGCUCCUGCUGGACGCCAUUCCCAAGGUUGCUGCUCUGCACGUGGAGGUGGAACAUGGGAUUUGGAGGCCAUACCUAAUAAAUCAUCUUCGGACGACAGAGGCGUACACAUCAGAACUGGUGCUGGAGAAGCUGACACUGAAGGUCAAUGUGGUUCAGACUGAUCUCCAACUCAUCACCUCACUGCUGAGACGCUCCCCUCGUCUCUCCUCUCUCCACCUGUCAGGACUGAGGCUCCAAGGUGGCUCCUCUCUGCAGCAGCUCCUUACCACUCUGUCAGAGUCAAACACCUGCUUAAAGUGUCUGAGCCUGGAGGACAUGAAUCUGUCCGACUGUCUCCCAGGGAUCCUUCAUCUACUGAGAUGCUGUCAGUUAGAAGAGCUUCACCUUAACGACUGUCGACUGCUGGAGAAGUGCAGUGACAAGGAGCAGAGUUUGCAGCAGCUGGUCUCUGCUGUGAAGACGCUCUCGUCUCUCCACACUCUCAGCCUGGCUCAGAACCGUCUUGCAAAAACGGUGUCUGUCUUGGCCAAGCUCUUUUCUGAACCUUCACCCAGUUCUGUGAGGCAGUUGGACCUCAGGUCCAACUUCAUUCGGCCCGCAGAGCUGCUGGAGUUCAGCCAAAGACUGAAGGAACAGCGCCCCCCUCAGAGACUGACGCUGGACCUCAGGAAGAACCCAGGUGACAGGAACCCUGAUAUUUGGAACGCUGCAGUAGAAUCACUGAAGUCCUUUUGUGUGGUGUAUGUGAAAUUUUGGAAAUCCAGGGACACUAUGGUGGACCACGUCAGUGUCAUGUGACCAAAGGUGGAGAAGUGUGUAGGUUUACAGCAGUUUGACAGACAGGGUUGAACUUGAAUGGAUUUAAAGGUGAAAUCUUCUGUUUUUAAGACACAGUUGAUGUCGUUCAUCUUAAAUCUAAGACCUGCUGAGUGGUGAGAGCACGGACUUUGACCUCAGUCAUGUGUUCAGUGCCAACAGUAAUAAUGGCAGUAGUCACUGAAGUGCCGUCCAGACUCAGCUCCAUCUCCAGUUGUAGUUUUGAGGUCAGUUAAAACAUAACGGCAGCUCGUUAACUCCAAAGGUCUUCUGGAGGCUUCUAUUUAUUUACCCUUCACCAAAGGUAUUUACAGGUUGUCAACCUUUUAAAUUACAAUCUGACCUUGACAACUAGUCACGAUUAAUCAUGAUUGUCAUUAUUCGUCCCACAGCUCUCCUUUGAUUAAUCGGAUAAAAACUGUAAUCGUCGGACAGCCUUAAUGUUAUUGCCCACCGCGUCCACUUUUACAGAAGGUAAAAAUGUCCCGUAAAAUUUUUAGUGACAGAGUUGGAACCAAAAAAAGAAGAAGAGCAUCUGUGUUUGGUUUUCACUUGAAAUAUUUUAUUAAACCAGCGUCUGUUACACUUGAGGCCUCUUCCCUCCGACAGAGAUGUGAGUGACAGUGGACGUUCAGAUACGACGGACAAACCCAGAGACAGACGGACAGAUGUCGGAGGGAGGGAGCAGCAGCUUCUCCCUCCGACUGUCUUCUUCUCUACAUGGGACUAACAGCAUCAACACCGAUCACCAAGUCAUCAUUAGUAGAAAAAAAAAUAACAAUUAGAGAAAAGGGAUUAAAAAGGUCAUCAAAAGUGGGUUUUCUUUUAAAGCGUAACACUGAAACACUUUAAUGUUUUGAGUUAACGUGAGUGAAGAGCCAAUGAGUGCAUGCUAACUGCUCGGUCUAUCUACAACCUUCACCGACUGUACAUCAAACAACGACGCUCCCACAAACACACCUUCACUGAGUGGCUUCACAGGAAAUUGAAUUCAGACCGCCGUCAUCAAGACGUCAAUUUUAGUCACGUUAAUAGUUCCUCCUGUGAAAUGAUUGGCCGUCAGAGGAGAUCAACUCACUGUUAUUGGAUAAUACAGGAGCAGACAGUAACCCGUGGUCCAUGCAUAUCAAUAAAUAAAACAUCAUUUCUCAUAACUGAGCUCAUCAGCAGACAAAGGUACGACUGUCACUCUUUAUCAAAACUUCA